GUACCUCAGCUCCACGGGUUACACCACGACACUGCACGGGCGCUACCUGGUCACCAACGCCAACGCCGGCUCCAGCGAGGUCUUCACCGUCAUCAGAGACCCCAGCGCCGUGCCCAGGCAGCUGAGGGGCAUCCUCCCAAGGGCGCCCCUGGGCUGGAGCCACAUUCUCAGCGGCACCGUUACCGAGCUCACCUGCGACGCCUGGUCGAAGACGGAGGCGGACGGGCGCUACGCCACUGCUGGGGCCAUCUCGGCCGUGGACGGCAGGGUCACGGCCCUGGAGAACUCCGGCGGG